AUGUUUUAUCUUACGUCAACAAAACCUUUUGGCUUUGAGACAUGAUCACUGUCGAAACAAUUCGCUGCAGCCCAAUACUAUUUGAAAAAUCAAAGGCCUACGUGGUUAGCGGAUUCUGACUAUGAUGAGCUUAAUUCAUUAAACUUGAAAAUUGCAUAUGGAGAAUGAGUACCAAACAAAGAAAAAGCCUUGCUCCCCUAUAAGUGAAUCAAUAUUUUUCUUUUUCAAAAAAUUUACAAAUUGCAAGAUAAUUUAAUUUUAUUUUGCAAGUUGUUUAAAAUUUUAGCUAAGCUAGAGAUUUUAAUAUAAUAAUAUUAAUCAUAUAUAAUUUAAUUAUAUAUAUAAAUAAUUUUUUGUCCUUUUUUUUUUUGCUCACUGAAGUCCAAAAAUGAGAAUUUUUAAGGUGGAGUUAGAAAAUUUUGCUAAAGGUAGAAAGGAAAAGAUGAAAAGUCAAUGGCAAAAGCUUGAAGGGAUUAGCAAAAGUCACGCAAUGAAAAGAUUUUUAGAUAAAUUGAAAGAUAUCGUGCCUAAUUGAUAUUAUAAUCAAGAAAUUUUGCAGCAGUUCAAUGAAGACUGAAAUAAAUUCCACCAGCCAGAUUUGAAUUCUAGAUCAGCAAAAGCGGACAAUUUGCUAUGUUUUUCAAGUCAUGGCUCAAUUGAAAGCAUAAAUUUGAGCCGCAAUAAUAUCAAGCAUAUAAGAAGGUUUAGCGGUUCUUUAACUGAGAGAGCUCCUUCAAGAUCACCAUCAAAAGAGCCAAUUCAAACAGAAAAAAAUAGCCGCAUCUUAUCAAGUGCAAAUACACCAAUCCCAAACCCAAAGAGUGCUGGUAGAGCGCAUCGAAGAGUAAGCUCAGAAAUGGAGUUGGAAAAAUCACAAUUUCAGGCAGAAGAGUCAAAAAACCAAAUAUUUGGACGAAUAAAAUCUCUCAUAAAAGACAUAGAUCAAAAAUCAGAAAAAUUUUAUAAUUUUCAGCAAGAAUCUCUAAUCGAUAGACUAGAAAGAAAUAUUGCUGAUAUUGUAAAAGAUAUGAUCAAGCCAAGGUUGGAUUUGCUUUCUCAUGCAAUCGGAGAACUCGAAGAAGCACUUGGCUCUGAACUCACAGACAAGGUCAAAAUUUUAUUUGAGAUACAUAGAUGCUAUAUGAGUACUAUGGAGGCAGUUUUUGAUUAUUGGAAUAAAAUUACUGAAAAAGAUGAUGCCAUUGAUGCAAAAUUUCGAAGCACUGAAAAGUCUGCACAUUAUUUGAAGCUUGGAAUGAGGGCAAUAAAAGAGCUAAAUGACCCUUAUAAUGAAAAAAGGAAAUUGUAUGGAGUUAUCAGGCUAUCUAAGGAGGAAUAUGAAAAGCAGCUUUUAAAUGCAAAAGAAAUUUUGAGUCUUGAGGAUUCAGAAACAUUAUUUAAUUUGGAAAGAAUUAUCAGGGAUUUUAAGGAUGAGAUACUUUAUAUACUUGCAGAUUGAUUUUUUGCUAUAUCUAUUCUGAAAAAUUAAAAUUAUUUUUAAAAUAGAUGCUUAUUUUGCAGCAAUAUGAAUAUAUUUUGUUUAUUUAUCAAAAAUAAGAUUAUUUAAAAGAAGAAAUUAGACAAAAAGAUACAGAGAUUGAAGAAGUUAAAAAACUCAUGAAAAAUACAGAAGAAAGAACAAUGAAUGAUGGGAAUCUACUAGGCAAAAAACAUAGGCUGCUUAAAAAGAGACUAGAAUUCAUGAGCCAGAACAGAGUUGCCCAAGAUUAUAAAUUCGAUAAAUCAAAAGGAGAUAGCCUCAGAUCCUUACAAAAGCUUCCAACAGCUCCAAAUAUUUUUCAUACUGUAAAAACUAUAUCUCAAUAA